GAAUGCAGUUUUCAGUAUUGAAGCUGUAAAAUGCCUUAAUGAUUUCAACUCUACCAAGAGAACUUAAACCCAGUAUUGCACUGUUAUUAGACAUCAUAGUAUGUGAGAAUGAAUUCAGCUCUGUAAUUCAAGCAGUAUGAAUGAGGACUCUGUAUUUUGAUGUUACACACAUCUUAGGAAAAGAUUUUAGCUGAAUGUGUCUGAGUAAUAGGAAUCAUAUCAAAGGCUCUUUCUUCCUUUUCACAAUUUUUUUUUUUUAGUCAGCUGUCAAAUUCACAGUGGCUUUGUGUUUUAUCUAUGGAAGAUAAACACAGCAGCCUUCACUUCAGGGGAAAACAUGUAACUGGUGUGUGGAGAAAGACUGUACUGUAAAGAGAUGCUUGUCCUAAACAUUAAUGUGAUUGGUUAUACAAGGGGGCAAGAUGCUCCGAAAAUCAACAUGAUUUCUCAGAGGUCACACUGGAUAGUUUUUGAAAAAUCACUUCUCACCCAUGUAAUUUCAAUUCCCCUGCUCCAGAAAGGCUCAAAAAGUCAUUAAAGCCAUGGUAGUGAAAGAUUGUUCCCAGGAGCAGGGGCAGGGAGAAAAGCACACUGUGCUGUGUAUGUAUGUAAAAAAAAAAAGGUAUCAUUCCUGUUUUUGAAUGCUUCCAAACUUUUUGGCACAUCUAGCUGACUUUUUAAUAUUCUUCUUAUAAUUUUUAUUCCCACCAGGCCUACUUUCUAAUUUGUUAUAAUCUUGUUAAAAGUGUUCUUGCAAAGGUAUUUUUGACAACUUUUAUUACCUGAAUUCAUGGUCCUUCCAUGUAGCUUUGUUUAAAACAUUAUUUUUCACUUCAGAAAUUGCAUCAUUUCACAGGUACCUUUUAUAAAAACCUCAUUCAGCAUGCCAAAUCCUGACAUUUCUGUGCAGCUGCCUGUUUUACUGUUGAAGUGCUGUUGAAGUGCUGAGGAUUGUUGAGCAAGUUGGCAGGAGCAGGUACCAAGCUGCCAAAUCUGCUAUAGCCUGUUCCCUAGUGACAACCAAACAUAGGUGAGCUGCUUAAAUAGCUCAUACUGGAGCAUGUUUUAGAUACAAAACUAAAUCAGAAAGGUGUGAAGCAGAGAAAGGCACACCAGCAACAUGGGGUACACCUGACACAGAGAGUUUCCACUGGGCUUUUCCAUAACACUUUGUGGAUAAUUUGGGUGGCCUGCCCAGUGUGGUUGGACCACCUCAUCUGGAUCACAAGCCACAGAAUGCAGCUCAGAGGAGGGUGGGCUUGAGCUUACUGGGAGGGAGAUUCCCAUCCUGCAGCAGCCUGACUUAGGAGGUGAGAAGAUACCCUGCUCUCCUGGAUGAACCUCAUCUUCAAAGGCAAUGGCAGCUCUAGCUAUAUGUGCAAGGGUACCCUGCUAGAAAUUAAGAAUUAGAUCAAGGAGCAUAAAUAAACAAAGCUGAUGAUUUUUGAUGAAAUACAGAUUAUAGUACAGGAGAACAGGAUGUAAUAGACAUGAAACAAUAAGAGCUGGUGUUUGAGUGGCAGAAGAGGGAAUGCCCUUACACUGGCCAGCAGUGCUGGAAGGGAGAGGGGGACUUGGGAACUGCUGGAGCAGUAUAGCAAGCUGGGGGACAUAUGCCACUGAGCCCUCUGUUCUCAUCCCAAACCUAUAAGAACACUGCUCUGUCCUACUUUCUACUAUUUUCUUGGGCCUUUAUUUGAGACUGGUUUCCUGACAGCGCUUGUGAGUGGGACAUGAAUGGUCAGGUGUGACUGCCACCCUAGCAGCUCCAGCAGGCUCACUGGAAAGCUUUCUCUGAGACAGUUGAAUUGCCCAAAGAGCUCAAAUUGGACAAUUUAAUGUAAGAAACAGACUGUGGCAGCAGUGUGCAGAGAAGCACUGUGGGUUGUCUAUUCUGCUUGUUCUAUUGUGCCCAGCUCCUGAGGAGUGGUGAAGAGAAGGCAGCCUGAACAGUUCACUGAGGUAGUCACAAACAUCUUUUGGAAGAGUUAUUGUCUCCAGUGAGUGACCAGCUUAUAAUAAUACAAGCUUUUCAGAUAAUGGUAAUUUAAUUAAUGGUUAAGUAAAGCCUUUUAUGUAUAAAACCAGCUCUGGCUGGGAUUAGUUGACAUCAUCCAAGCAGAUCUGUCCUCAGCAGAGGUGCAGCACUAUUCAUGUGCACUUGGGAAGUGGCACAUCUUUCUGUGUAAGAUUUGUGGGUCUUAGUCUCCUGGUCCUGAUUUUCUGUUUCCUCCUGUGUUUUGUGGGAAAGGCAGAGGGAACACUCUGCUGUCUCAUCAGUGCUUGGGAACAGCAUACAGCUUCUUUUGCUUUGGAUACUGGACUCACUGGGCUGGGACAGUUCUGUCCUCUGUCCUGUUGUAAUCGCCUUUCUAACUACCUCUGUUUCUACAAACCCUAGAAAGCGGUUUCACAUCAGACUUUUAUUCCUUCCUCUUAUUCCCCUCAGCAGGACUGAGAGGAAAUACCUACCAAGGGGAAACUUGAGUAUUCCAUGUCUCUCUGAAAGAAAAAAAUAUCUUUGGAAAAAUACUCCAAGUACAACAAGGCAGCUUGUUAUUUACAAUUCAUCUGUUCUAUUCUAUUCUAUUCUAUUCUAUUCUAUUCUAUUCUAUUCUAUUCUUCAUUCUAAGAAAUAUGCUGAAACUUGCCUGCCAGACCUGUAAAACAGCUCAGGUUUGACCUGUCCUGACAGAGAGCAGAGCUGGCACACGUGCUGCUGGUGUAUAAACAGCGUGGAAUUUGCUUGAGCUGGGCUGCUGGGAGAGAAAACGGAUUCUGACAUCGGGAGAGAGUGGUUUUGCCAUUCUCACAGAUGUACUUACCUCGGAGUAGCGCCCGGGAGCGCAACUGCAUGGAAAAGCAGCACGUCAGAGCACAAAUUAUGUCACGCAGCCCAAUGACCGCGGAAGAUCCCGGCUCGGAGCUCGCCUGGGGAUAUAAAGCUGGCUGAAGGAGCAAAAGUAGCGGCGAGCUGAGCGGGAGAGAAGCCCACUGCGGGAGCAGGGGCAUCUCCCCGCUGCUGCUGCCCGUGUGCCGUGCUCGCAGCCCCCGAGGGUGAGCGAGCGAGAGCGGCUGUGCCGGAGCCCGGAGCGGGCGCUGCUCCGCGAACCAGCGCUUCCCGAGCCGCAGGAGCCGAGCAGCGGUCCGGAGAUGUUAUCCUGUUUCGUCUGGCUCGCCCUCCCCGACUUGGUUAACGCCUUUGUGACCCCAGGCAAGCUGCCCCUCAAUGGGAGCCUGGAGAAGACUUUUGUAGUCCCGAACGUGUCGGGUUUCUUUUCCUGGGACAAUGACAGCCUGGCCGACUGGCAGAGCUUUGUGGGCAGGAGCCGCUACGGAGCGGAGUCGCAGAGCGCCACGGUGAAAGCCCUGCUCAUCGCGGCGUACUCCUUCAUCAUCGUCUUCGCCCUCUUCGGCAAUGUCCUGGUGUGUCACGUUGUCAUCAAGACGAAGCGCGUGCACUCCGCCACCAGCUUGUUCAUUGUGAACCUGGCCGUAGCCGAUAUCAUGAUCACGCUGCUCAACACACCUUUCACGCUGGCUCGUUUUGUGAACAGUACCUGGAUCUUUGGGAAGGGGAUGUGCCACGUCAGUAGGUUUGCUCAGUACUGCUCCCUCCACGUCUCUGCCUUGACCCUUACAGCCAUUGCUGUGGACAGGCACCAGGUUAUAAUGCACCCCCUCAAACCUCGCAUAUCUACUGGAAAAGGUGUUAUGUACAUCUGUGUAAUCUGGAUCAUGGCAACUUGUUUUUCCCUUCCACAUGCUAUCUACCAAAAGCUCUUUAUCUUUGAAUACAGUGAGGAUGUUACCCGGUGCCUGUGUCUGCCAGAUUUCCCUGAGCCCGCUGACCUCUUUUGGAAGUACCUUGAUUUAACAACCUUCAUUCUGCUCUAUGUCCUGCCCCUUCUGAUCAUCUCCGCUGCCUACGUGACAGUGGCAAAGAAGCUCUGGCUGCGCAAUGUCAUCGGGGACGUCACCGUGGAGCAGUACUUCGUCCUUCGCAAGAAGAACAAGAAGACCAUCAAGAUGCUGAUGCUCGUUGUCGUCCUCUUUGCAGUCUGCUGGUUCCCCUUGAAUUGCUAUGUCGUCCUCCUCUCCAGCCAGACCAUCCACACCAACAACGCCCUGUACUUCGCCUUCCACUGGUUUGCAAUGAGCAGCACCUGCUACAACCCCUUCAUUUACUGCUGGCUCAAUGACAGCUUCCGAUCAGAGCUAAAGGCUUUGCUCAGCAUGUGCAGAAAAUCCCCCAGGCCCACGGAACAGAGGCUUCCCUCCACAGUCCCAUCCUACCGACUGGCUUGGCCAGAAAAUGGCAACUUCAAGAGGUUGCGAGCCUCCCAUGUCCUUCCACCAUCCUCCACCGUCCAGUCAGGAAAGACAGACAUCUCUGCAGUUGAGCCAAUAGUAGCUGUGAGCUGAACAGUGGCCUUGGACUGCACAUAGAUUUGGCAAGAGCUAAAACGGUGGGAAGAUGUGGAGCCCUGGCCAUGCAACAGGUGGUAAAACCAAGAAGGAGGUUCUGCAUGAGGCAGUGUGAAAGGGCUGCAUGCGUGAUGCAGGCUGGUGACAAUGGUGUGGAGACCCUAGAGGGGAGAAAGCAAACUCUUCCCAGGAAGGAACUUUUGUCUUUGUCAAGGUGGCUUUGGACUGGCUCGCAGGAUGGGGUUCCCUGCAUGUGUGUUGCUGUUACCUGCAUGACUAAGCCUUUUUAGAACUAGGACUCUGUGUUUCACUGGUACUUAAAAAACAGUCUCACUACAUCAGAUCUCCCUUCCACUUUCCUGAUUCUCCUUGUAGCAACAUGGAAAUAGUUGAGGUGUUGCUAGGCUGCUAUCUGAGAUCCAGUGCAACUGCGUAGGAAGGCAUUCUUUCUGAACUGGGGUCUGAAAAGUCAAGACCUGUUCAGAAUGAAUGAACAGAUCUAUUCCAUAAUUAUUUCUUGUGUGUGUGUGUGUGUGUGUGUGUGUGUGUGUGUGUGUGUGUGUGUGUGUAAAUACACUUACAGAAGUGGAUGAUGUGAUAGACAUUGAUAAAUAGGAGCCUCUUAGAUCACAGGCACUUUUUCUAAUAUAGAUUUGAAGAAAAGUGGAUGCCUACUCUUCAAGUAAGUAGAUGAUUUUUUUUUUAAAUAGGUAACUAAACCCAAAAAACAUACAAAAAGUUGACCAUAACAUUCACAGUUGGAGAAUGGAUAAUUAAGUGCUGCUGUGAAUUUGGACUAGAACCUUUUAUCAAAACAUCUUUUCAUCUUGUCAAGCUACAGCUAGAGGAUCACACAAUUUGAAUUUUUAACUUGCCUUUGAAGCCUUGCCUUUACCUUGCUCUCUUACCCUGUAAAGCACCUGUGUACUUGUCACUUCAGACAUUUGGGACAUUUCAUUCCAACUAAGAAGUUAGAUCUCUGGAAUCAGUUCAUAAAUUAACUGCUUUGAGAGAAGAGAUGGUAUCUCUGAUAGCAAGUAAUAAAAAUGGAAUAUUAGCCUGCAACUUAUCCUCUGGUGAUUGUACAAUUUUGAUGCAUUUAAGGAUAGCUGAGAUGUGUCCUAUUCGGAGUGGCUGAGAAAAUUCAUGACUCCAAGUGUCUGAAGCAGAUUUCAGAACUUAAUGUUCUUAGCAGAAGAAAAUAUGGGUUUGAAUAACCAAAAAAAUGGUGUUCCAAAAACUGUACCUUAUAUUGCACAGAAAGACAAUACUUCUUUGUGCUGUGGAAAUUAGCUUGAACAUCACACCAGGGUGACCCAUUCCACAUUUAACUUGCAGCACUCAGCAAUGAAGUGAGAAAAAUCUCAUUAUAAAUGGGGAAAAAAAAAAAGUGAAGCUGUUUUUCUCAGUGUCCUGCAAUAAACUUACAGUUCUGAAAUUAUUUUAA